AUGAGCAACCUAGCAAAAAAUGCCACACUAUACCGGCUGAUGCGAAACAUUUUCACCAACCGAACAUGCUCACGCACGCAUCCCUUCAGUACGGUAAAAAAGUUAGAACAUCUCAAGGAAGGUCCUUCGUUGCACGAUUUUCUUCGCGGUGCAACGGACAAUGGAGCAACAGUGUACGUUGCCGGUCGUAAUGAAACCGUACCUUACAUUGCCCCCGAAUCGCUCCAUGGACAGAGGAGGAAAGUUUUCCUCGAAGUGUACGGCUGCCAGAUGAACACAAGCGAUACGGAAAUUGUUUGGUCAAUCCUGAAAUCGCAUGAAUAUCAACGAACGGUAAACCUCAAGGAAGCCGACAUUGUGCUGAUGAUGACCUGUGCGAUACGUGAAGGAGCGGAAGAUACGGUCUGGAAUCGUUUGAAACAUUUGCGCCUGAUGAAGCAGAAGCGGGAAGCGAACGAAGGCAAAUCUUUGCAGAUAGGUGUGCUGGGUUGUAUGGCGGAGCGUUUAAAAAAGCAGCUGGUCGAAAAGGAACACUCCGUCGACGUCGUGGCCGGCCCGGAUGCGUAUAAAGAUUUACCGCGCUUGCUAGCGAUCGGUCAGAAAGGACAAAAGGCCAUAAACGUGCUGCUUUCCUUGGAUGAAACGUACGCCGAUGUGGUACCGGUCAAGCUGGACCGCCGAUCGAAAACCGCGUACGUUUCCAUCAUGCGAGGCUGCGAUAACAUGUGUUCCUACUGUAUUGUUCCUUUUACUAGGGGGAAAGAACGCUCACGUCCAAUUAAAUCGAUCCGCGAUGAAGUGCUGCAGCUGGAAAACGAAGGCAUUCGCGAAAUAACGUUGCUCGGCCAGAAUGUAAACAGCUAUCGUGAUACAAGUGAAAGCAUGGAGUCAGAUGGCCCCAAAGAGGCAACGCUGUUGGCACCCGGGUUCCGUACCGUAUACAAAACCAAACUCGGUGGGUUGCGUUUUGCAGAAUUGCUUACAGAGUUAGCUGAGGCCGUGCCGGAAAUGAGGAUCCGUUUCACAUCGCCCCAUCCGAAGGAUUUUCCACGGGAUGUGCUGGAAACGAUCGCGAACUAUCCGAACAUCUGCAAUAGUGUACAUUUACCGGCACAAUCGGGCAAUACGCAGGUGUUGGAACGUAUGAGACGUGGCUAUACGCGGGAAGCGUACUUGAACCUAGUCAAAGAAGUGCGUCACCUUAUACCGAACGUUACGCUGUCGAGUGAUUUUAUCUGUGGGUUUUGUGGCGAAACGGAUACAGAAUUUGACGAUACGGUUGCUCUGAUCGAGGAAGUUGGCUAUCAUGCAGCGUUCCUAUUUGCUUACAGCAUGCGAGAGAAAACUACUGCCCACCGUAGGUACAGUGAUGACGUACCGGGUGAAGUAAAACAGGAACGGCUUCGCAGAAUGAUAGCAGCGUUUCGGGAGACAGCCGAACGUUUAAACACCCAAUUCAUCGGCCGAACGGAGCUGGUUUUGGUGGAGGGAUACAGCAAGAGAUCGCGAACCGAUCUUGCUGGGCGUAACGAUGGAAAUGUGAAAGUUAUUGUGCCUGCCGGUCGGAUACUUGCCGGUCGAGAUGGCGACUGUGACGAUUUAAGACCUGUUGGAGUAGGGGACUACAUUGCGGUACGAAUUGUUGAAUCCAAUUCACAGAUUUUAAAAGGUGAACCGUUGUAUCACACAACAAUGAGGGAAUUUUACGCUAAUCGGUGA